UAUAACGAAUGCGGAUAAUCUCGAAUAAUUGGUGCAGCUGAGAGCCGAGGCCAGCCAGCUAACUUGUUUCCAUCCGCAGUGGCGGGAAUAUUAUGUGACAGCGUAAUUUGAGCGCAGUUUUCGCUCUUUGUGGAUCACUUGGACAUGACACGGGCCUUGUGAUCACAGCCCAUCGUUGAAGCUGCCCACAGAAAGCCCGUAGUGGAAAGAGUGCAACUCGACCUUUGCUUACUGCGCUGCAUACCUAAAGCAAUGUCCGAAGAGUGCGGCUCUGAGGUGAACGCUGUGGGCUACUACAGUUUCAGCGGCUUUGAUACCAAGACGCCGUUCCUGAUUGGCGUCGCCGGUGGUACGGCAUCUGGGAAGACAUCGGUGUGCCGCAAGAUCAUGUCUCGGGUAGGCCAGGAGGGCCAAGUGGUGUGCAUCCACCAGGACAACUUUUACAAGGGAUUGUCGCCGUUUGAGCGGGAUAGGGCCAACCGGGGACUUUUCAACUAUGACCACCCAGUUUUGAACACCAGGCGCAGGACCCCUAAAGUGAACCCCAACUCAUCUAGGCCUUUGCGCACCAGUACCGUGUCAUCUGAAGGUUUGCCAUUCCCAGAUGUGUUUGAUGACGAGUUGAUGGCAUCAACGCUGAGGGACAUCUUGCAGGAAAAAGUGGUGCAGCUGCCUGUUUACGAUUUCAUCACUAGCACACGGCUCAGGGAUCAGUGGAUCAGCAUUGCGCCUGCGGACGUGGUCCUGGUGGAAGGAGUGCUGCUGUUCUACUUCCCGCACCUGCGCGACAUGUUCCACAUGAAGCUCUUCGUGGAUACUGACCCUGACACACGGCUCGCACGCAGAGUGCUGCGUGAUGUGAAAGAACGCGGUCGAGACCUUGAGAAGGUUCUCCACCAGUACACUAACUUUGUGAAGCCUGCAUUCGAGGAGUUUUGCCUGCCUACGAAGAAAUAUGCUGAUGUCAUCAUUCCCAGAGGCGCCGACAAUGAAGUGGCCAUUGAUCUGAUUGUGCAGACAAUUCAGGAGCUGCUGCAUCAUCACCAGAGCCGUGGGGAACCAUUGCCUCGAUCAGGCUCCUCCUUAGCCAAGCACCCCCACUGAUCGGAUCUCUAGGAUACUUGCUUUUACAUACAACAAGUGUUGUAGAGUAUGCUUGUACAUUGAUUGUAAUGCUAUUUGUGUCAUAAAUACAAAGAUGAUGUUCAGACCU